AUGAGUGCAGAUGUGGUUGAAAUCCUCUCGCCCAGUGCAGUUGUGCGAGUCUCGAGCCCGACCCAGCUGCCCAUCGAGAGGAGGAGACUCCAGCUCUCCCCGAGCAGAGCGCGCGACCUCGAGGUGACCGUCAGUCCGAGUCCGGGGUAUCGAUUGGGAAGAGCCCAGCUGGAGAUCGGCUCACUCACUGAGGAUAUCGACCACAUGCGCUCGGAGCUCAAGUUCCUGCAGCGCGACCUCUCGACCUCGAAGGCGCCGCAGUGGGCGCCGCCACUGGGAGCGAGCGUGAUGACCACGAUCUCCACGAUGGACACCGCAAGGCUGGUGGACUCCUGCAUCAGCGACAAGGUGGACGCCAUGAAGCUGGACCUGGACACGGAGCGGCGGCAGCGAUUGGCCAGGGAGGAGGAUGCCCGAUCCAGGCUCCAGAACGUUCAGCAGAGCUCCGAUGCCCAUGCCGCCCACCAGUUCCACACGGACGGGCGAGUCCGGAAGAUGGAGGAGGCCAUGGCGGCUGUGGAGAACCGCCUGGAGAUGCUCUUUCAGGACCUCGACCAAGGCAUGAAGAAGCGAAAGGAAGGGGAGGAUGCGCUUUGGCUGGCCGUGCAGGAGGUCCGAGAAAGUGUGGGGAAGGAAGCACAGCAGCGCGCCGCCCGGGACGAGGAGCUGUCGCGAGAGGGCGCCGGUCUCGCGCAGCUUUUGGAGCAGGAGCGCUCGGAACGAAGGAAGGCGGAGGACGUUGUGGGCAGGGACCGCAAAGCGGAGCUCCUCCGUGUCGCCUCCGCGGAGGCCCAGAUAGCACAGGCGGCGGAGACGCUGGACUUCAAGUUCCACUCCUUGAAGGAACUCCUGGAUGCUGAGAAGACCGCUCGAAGCGGCAUGAGCGUCAAGCUCGAGCACGAUCUGGCAGAUCUGGGAGUGGCUGUGCGCGGAGAGAAGGAUGCAAUGGAGAGGAGGUUGACAGCUUUCAAGCAUGCUUGGGACAAGGACACGGAGGAAAAGCUUCGGGGCCACCGGCAGGGUCUGGAGACCCUGAUCGACCGCAAGCUCUCUGAGUUGAAGGAGUCGGUGGAGCAGGGCUUCACGCUCGCAAAGCAGAAUCGGGAAUCGAUCCAGUUCGCCAUGGAUCGAGAGCGCGAGUCACGGAAAGCUCAAAGCGAGACGCUCCUUGCGAGCUUGGAGACGCGCUUGGAGCCCGUGCUUUCCCGUCUUGGCCAAGCGGAGCGGCAAGCAGAGGCCCUCAGCUCGAAGGCCGAGAGAACUUUGCAGGAGCACCAGAGGCUUCAGGCCAGCGUGGAGGAGCGCGCGGAAGCUGAGCGAAGAGAUCUCCAAACUUGGAGAGUAGAGCUGGAUGUCUUGAAGAAGAAGAGUUUGGAGGCUGAGGAGUUUCAGAAAGAGCUCAAGAAACUGAAGGAAGCUCUCGAGCUGCUGCCCAGCGACUUGGGCGGAGGAUUCAAGAAGCUGGAGAAGAGGUGUGGGAGCCUGGAGACCGAGCUGCACCAGGCACUGGAGGCGGCCCGGCGCGAAGCGCAGGAGCGCGCCGCCCGCCUGGAGGAGGCCACGAAGCGGCUCGAGGAGCGGCUGCAAGCGGAAGAGGACGCUUCUGCCUUCGACUGCGGCUGCAACCGCCACCCCCCAGUGUCAUAUGGUCCCAUGUCGCUCGAAGCCUUUCGAGAGGCUGAAACAGGCCAUGAAGUGAGGCGACGCCGCGGUGUCCUGCUGAAGAGGCUAGCCGAGGUGUCUGAGGACCCUGAGCUGCGUGUGGCUCUGGCUCGCCGGAACCUAGCAUUUCUCUCUCGUGAGCUUCAGGAGUUCAUCGCCGACGGCUUUGCGCGAGAGCAGAGGACGAGGCUCGACGACACCCUGAAUGCCCUGAAACCGUCGAGGGCCGACGAGGAAGAGGGGAAGGCAACGCGACAGAACCUGCUGCUGGCCAUCCGCAAGGAGCUGCCAUGCCUACCAGCUAAGCAGGCGGAGGAGCAUCUGUGGCGAGCCUUCCGGCACAAGGUCAACUCCUUGCGCUGUCUGGGCCGGAAGGCUGUGCUGCUGGCGCUUCAGGCGGGUCUCAGCCCAGAGGGCCCUGAGGGCCCUGAGGGCCAAGGCGGCGAAGCGCCCCAAGAAUUCAAGCGCCGUCGCACGGACACGCCGGCGAAAGGGGAGCGGAGCCGCCUCUGGAAAGGCUGCGCUCUGGCGCUGGCCCUCCUGGCGGCGCUGAGGUCUUUCUUCGCGCCCUGCUUCUCCCAGGCAGCCGCCACAGAGAGGAAAGGAAAGGAUGACUUGCUGACCACAGCGGAGCUCCUCCGCGCUGCGAAGCGUCUCAACGUGGAGCUCCGCGAGAAUGUCGCGGGCCCCUGGUACCAGAUCGAGCUUUGGAGCGGUGACCGCCAGCUGGGCAAAACCAGCGGCUGGGCGCAGCCCUGGGGAAGCCUGCACUUGGAGACCAUCGAGGUGCGGAAGUUCACCGGCUACUGGGUCGCCAAGCCGGCCAGGGGAGGCGAAGGCGGCGAAGGCGGCGAAGGCUCGGUGAGCCCAGAGGAUCAGGCAGCGAUGGAGGCCGAGGAGAAGAAGCGCUAUGCCGACGUGGCCAAGGUCGCACGCUGGUUUGGCUUGCUGCUUUCAAUGGCCAUCGCCUGCUGGAACAGGGAGAGAUCGCCUUUCUUCUGCAAGGAGGCGUUUCUUCUCGCCAUCUAUGAUGAAGACAAACAGCAUGAACGCCUUGUCCGGUACUACAAAGGUCUCGGCUUCAAGGUGAUCAAGGAUGCAGAGAGUAUCGAGUACCAGGACCAGGCGCAGAGCUGCAGACAGCCUUUGCAACAUGGAGAUCAUUGGACAAAAGAGGAACUGGAGACCUGA